AUGAAAAUUAUCCAGAAGUUUGGAUUUGGAAAUGACAUUCAUGACCAGGAAAUCAAUAUCGUCAUAAACAUUGGCCAGCCUCAACAAAUUCUGGCGACUUUCACAUUUCCACCUAAGACUGAAGAUGCUGAUGGAAUCACUAUGGAUGAAGAUGAUGCACCCAUUAAAAAAGUGCUACAUUUACAUUUUGGAGAACAAUGGAAUGAAGUGAAUGGAAACAAGAAUGAUAUGAAACUAUGUUGUUUGUGCGACUAUACGGAUCAUAGAAACCACCCGGCGCAUGGAGGGACGACUGGUCAGGAGUUUACUGCUACAGACGAGUCCAAUAUCAAUAACCUUGCGAAUGUGUUCGUGGAAUGA